CUUAAGGAGGUUGAGUAGCUGGGAAGCGCCAUGUGUGCCUUGAGGUUUGUCCGAGGUCCAGCUUUGCAAUGGCAGCGGAGGCUUCUCCGCCCCUCGGGUCACCCCCAUCCUGCCUGUCGUUCCAGAGGCCCGGCAUUUAUGAGGAUGAGAAGGGGAGGACCUGGGUGACCGUGGUCUUACGAAUCAAUCCCUCCCACCGAGUCCCGGGCAGGAACUCCCCGGGCAGCACACGUGACACCAGUGUCACUGUCCACAUGUGGCAGAUGGCAGUGCACCCCCAGAUGCCCAGGUUCUCCAUCCAUCUGCCCGUGACUGGGCUGCCCCUCAAGUGGGAGCUCUGCCCUGGGCGACGCUACCGAGCAGCGGAUUCCAGACUCUGGCAAAUAGUGGACCAUGGCCAGAUCGGCUCCAGGGAACAGCUGAUCCUAAGGCUUCGGCCGAGAGGGCAGGAGUGAGGAUGGGAAGCCGCUGAUGGGCUG